AUGGCAGCCGCCAAGAAGUUGUGGCCCCUCAACAAGGGCACCGACGGCGCCCACUGGGACACCGAGGACCUCUUCGGCCGCCUGUGCAUCGUGGCCGACGCCGCUUUCCUCUCCUGGCUUCCUGCCGUGCGACGCGCCAGAGACGACGCCCUGCUGGCCCACCGCGAGGACACGGACGCCGCCGUGUUGUGCAUCUCACGGCGGGGGCGCCGUCGGGGAUGCUGCGGCGGCGGCAAGAUCGCGGUGGACGCCUACGUCGACUGCAACGGCCGCCAGCGGAACGCGCGCAGGGAGCGGCUGCCGCUGGCGGCUCUCGCGCCCGUGAUCUCGGGCGGCAUGGACGACGCGGCUCGUGCGCUGACGACGUCGUCGUCGUCGUCGUCGCCGGAUGAUGCCAAUGGCGGCGCGCCGUGGCUCUGGAAGCUUUUCGCAGAUCAGCUGUGCCGCCGCCUCUUUCUUUCCAUCUGCCUUCACAGCGGCGUGCCGGUGUUGCCCAGCUUCGCGUGCCUUCCCGUCGACCUACAGAUGACGAUCCUGUGUAGGCUCCACGUCGCUGAGGACGUCGCGAGGGUGGAGUGCGCUAGCAAAGAGCUGAGACGGCUCGUCGCCGACCACGACGCCGUGCUCUGGAAGGCCAAGUACGAGUCCAUCAGAUCUCUGAACUCCCGUCUUGAGCAACCUGUCGAAUUCAGACCACCACCGAUCUUAACCACCAAGGAACCACUGUACUUCACCGACGAGGACAUGGCAUUGAUGAGCUGGAAAGAGAGAUACGCGAUGACUAGAUGGCAGACAAUGGUGAUGUCAACAUGGCGGUUCAGGACGACUCCCAUGCCGACAUGGAAGCCACGGGUGCCUCCUGCAAAGAGGGCAAGGCUACAAACUAUUAUAGAUAUGGUGCGCCGACGAGCGCAACAUAAUUCACCGCAACACCAUGAUCGACCAGAUCAGCCGAGGACAGUUGCCCAGACAAAAUUCUGGAAGCAAGUUCCUCCAAAUGAACCAUAUCGUGUCAUACUUGGUGAUGUCAGGGAUAAAUUGUACAACACACGUGAACGUUCUCGUCACCUAUUGUCAUCUAGAAUUUCUGAGAUUCCAGAGGAGGCAACUUUUACUAACGUUGAACAGUUUCGUGCCACGCUGCUCUCCCCUUCCCUAACUAUGCAUUGUGACUUUUGUUUUGUACUACUCUUGAGUGGCUCUGAUGAAUCAAGUUUCCAUUAG